AGGCAGACCAACGUGAUUGAGGUGGCGUGUGCCCGCGACUCCCUCAACCAUGGAGAUUGCUUCAUCCUCGACGCCGGAGCCAGCAUCUACGUGUGGAAAGGCGACGAGUGCAGCCCGUUCGAAGCGCAGAUGGCAAACAUGGCGGCCGAGGCGCUCGAGAGCACGCGACACGGCGGCUCGGCCGUGACGCACGAGAUCGACGACGGAUUCUGGGCAGCCUUGGGCGGAGAGGGCGCCAUC